AUGCAUCCUCCUGCAAGUUACUCCAAAGCUAGUCCGAGACAAGUUUGCUUGUUAAAACGAUCACUCUAUGGUUUAAAGCAGGCUUCUCGACAAUGGAACUUGGAGUUCACAUCUUUUAUCCAGUCCUUGGGCUUUGUUCGGUCAGUACAUGAUAAUUGUCUUUUCACACAGGAUGACAAUGGUACAUUCAUUAUCCUGCUAAUCUAUUUAGAUGAUGUCAUUAUAAGUGGUAAUUCUGUACCUACCAUUGAUCAGAUUAAAAGUGCCUUACAUUGCAAAUUUACUAUUAAAGAUCUUGGUCAUCUGAAAUAUUUUCUUGGUUUAGAAAUUGCUAGAUCUGCUUCUGGUACUCUCAUCAGUCAAAGGAAAUUUAUCUCUGAUGUUUUAGGUGAUACCGGCAUGUUACAUGCUAAGAAUACUUCUAUUCCUCUACCCAAAGGUUUGAAUCUUAAUCCUUCUACUGGUGAUUUACUUUCUGAGCCUGAUAAAUAUAGGCGGCUAAUUGGCAGGUUGCUAUACAUUAACAUUACUAGACCUGACAUUAGCUUUGCAGUUCAUUAUCUCAGUCAAUUUAUAUCAAAUCCUAGAAAGUCCCAUUGGGACGCCGCCUGCCAUGUCUUAAGAUAUCUUAAGACUUACCUAGCUAAGGGAUUAUAUUUUUCUGCUACAUCCAACUUAUCUAAUAUUUCCGCUUAUUGUGAUGCAGAUUGGGCUACUUGUUCUUUCUCUAGGCAAUCUGUUACUGGUUUUUGUGUUUUUUUAGGAGGUUCUCUUAUCAGCUGGAAAACCAAGAAACAGAAGAUAGUUUCCAAAUCCUUUGCCGAAGCUGAAUAUCGAAGCAUGGGAGUUGUCAUGUGUGAGCUUUUAUGGAUUUCAUAUAUAUUAAAAGACUUACGAGUUAAUGUGCAAUUUCCUGUUUCUUUGCAGUGUGAUAACCAAGCAGCCAUUCAUAUAGCUAACAAUCUCGUUAUUCAUGAAAGAACCAAGCAUCUUGACAUAGAUUGUCAUCUGGUCAGAGAACAACUCCAAAAAGGUUUUGUUGCUCCUGUUUACAUGUCGUCCUCUUCUCAGCUUGCGGAUGUUUUCACUAAACCAUUGACCACUCCACAACACCAAUUUUUUAUCUCCAAGUUGCAUCUGGUUGCUUUGCCCCCUGAUCCAACUUGA